AAUAUCGCGUCCUUCGUUUUUAUCGACAAACGGAACCUUAACGCGAUUCAAAUAACAUGGAAUGCCAAAAACAGCAAAUGUACAAUAUUGGCUAACAUAAAAAGUAUCAGCCAGGUGAGACCAGAUGAGAGAGACUAAUCGGAAACACAGACUGGAUUGGAGGUGGAAAAGAAGUAGCCAGGCAGGAGGUAGGGAGCGAAAGUGAGCGCGUCUCCAAGAAUGGGCAAGGAGCGGACCAUUGCGAAAAGGUGACAGGAAGGUUCGCGGUGGGCGAUAGCCAGGAGGUUCGUAUCGGGGCGAGUUGGUGCUCAUCAAUCUUUGUUCGAUCAUCUAUCGAUCGCGAAAAGUACGGAGAAUCCGUGCGGAAUGUGCCGCUAUUUUCAAAUGGACAAAAAUGCGAUGAUGAAGUGCAUCGUGGCAUAACUGGUACCACUAUUCUUGCUAGCACGCAAAAGAGUUUGUGAAAGAGAGAAAAAGAGAGAGAAAGAAGAAAGAAACGAGAGGGAGAGACGCGUGCCACAUGCUACGAACGUGCUGAUGCGAUGCAAGCCAGUGAUUCUCACCUCGCAUCAUGAGAUAGCGAAUGGAAAAAGGUUGUUCCUUGCGCAUACCUUGAUGUGCAUUCAGUGAGCGUGAAGCCGCGGUGACGUAAACGCCCGCACGAACCGUCAGUCUCUGUAAAUAUAACUGAAAAAGUGUUCUUCUCGCGGCAGGAUGACGAGGAAGCUCAGCAAGUUCUUAAUACUUUUCGAUAAUACGAAUCUACUGUAUUUCCCUGGACACUUCUUGUCCGGUCGUGUUCUCAUAGAGCUGGACGAUGAGGCUUAUGUUUCCGGACUGCAUUUCCAUGUUGUGGGAGAAGGUGUAGUUCGGGUACGCAGUCAACGUGCUGAGAGAGUUUACGAUAAAGAGAAUUACAUUGAUUUUCGCAUGCGAUUGUUGGGCGAACCAGGCGAAGGGCCGUCAUUGCUAUCGCCGGGAAUACACAGCUUUCCCUUCAAAUUGGGUUUACCAUUGGGUCUACCUUCUACUUUCCUCGGAAAGCACGGAUGGGUGCAAUAUUAUUGUAAAGCGGCUCUUCGCGAGCCAGGUGGACUUACGCAUAAAAAUCAACAGGUCUUCAUCGUUAUGAAUCCGAUCGACUUAAAUCUGGAGCCUCCGAUAUUAGCGCAACCUGCGAGACAAGAGAUCGAACAGCGUGUGGGUGUCUCUUGCGUAUCGGGCGGUCCUGUAUUCUGCAGAGUGAGUCUGGAUCGGGGUGGAUAUGUACCUGGGGAAACAAUCGGUAUUUCUGCGACUGUCAGCAAUCGCAGUAAGGUGACGAUGAAGUCGACCAAGGCGUCGCUCACCGAAACGAUACAAUAUUUAUGUCGGGGUAAAGUGCUCGCUAGCGAGACCAGGGAGCUGGCGAGCGUUUCAAGGGGAAAAAUUCGACCGGGCGAAGGCGAAGAAUGGUUGAACGAACAAAUGUACGUUCCUCCUUUGCCGCCGACGAAUUUGCGGGGGUGUCACUUGAUCAACGUUCUUUAUCACGUUUAUUUCGUCAUAAGUCCCAAGAGUUUGGACAAAGAGAUCAAGUUACAAAUACCUAUUGUACUGGCUACGUAUCCGUUAAGGCCGGAGGGUGCACCAGCUGGUACGGCGCCAUCCAAACGGGGCGCCCAUUACCCAUCGACGCUACCCAUUUUCCGACCCUGGCUCGAUGACAAAGCUUUCGAGAUACAAGAAUGAAAGCCGACGUAUCUAUUAUAGAUAUAUCGAGAGUUAUUAUAUAUGUAUGUGUGUGUGUGUGUGUGUGUGUGUGUGUGGACAAAAAGUAUCUUGGUUAAAGAUACUAAUUUUCUACGAUCACAAAACUGCGCGCACAUGCGCUUAUAAAUACUCCAACAAAAAUCUUUAUCGAUUCUCUUAUUACUAGUCACAGCAACGCUCGUGUAAAAUUUUUAAGAAUCGAUGAUGAUUUUUGGAAAUAUUGAACUUGGUGCAAAUAUAUAUAAUUGCUAAAAAAUUUUAAUGUACAUUAAAUUUUAUGGAUACUGACAGUACGCUAACUCUAUUUUCAUGGAGAGAAGCAGAGAUGUAUAAAUUGUAUAAUAUUGUAAAAAAAUGAUUGGCAUUCAACACACAGAAAUAUGCAGAAAAUAAGUAACAUAAAAUUUAAAAAAAGUCAGAUUAAAGUGUAUUUAUAAGAAAAAUUUAUACAUAUAUUAAUUUGGGAAAAAUAUUUAAUGAUAAAAAAAACUUUUUAUGCAG